CAGGCAAUACAACCCUCUUCCGGCAUAAUGGAUGUGUGAACAAUAUCACAGCAGUCAAACGUCAAGACUCUACGACACGUUUAUUUUCUCGUUCAUUUUGUCAAAAUCUUCGUCUUGUAGGGAUACGUUUCUCUUACAAGGAACAAUAAAAUGACGAAGGGUACAUCCAGCUUUGGAAAGCGCCGUAAUAAGACGCACACUUUGUGCCGUCGAUGCGGUAGAUCCUCGUAUCAUAUCCAAAAAUCAACAUGUUCACAGUGUGGAUAUCCAGCGGCCAAAUUGCGCUCAUACAAUUGGUCCAUCAAGGCUAAGAGGAGAAAGACCACUGGAACCGGUCGCAUGCGUCAUCUUAAAGUUGUUCGACGACGAUUCCGCAACGGAUUCCGUGAAGGUGGUCAGGCUAAACCCCGCCAAUCGAAACCUUAAAUUGUAAACGAAAACUUUCAUCAUUUUUCGUCAAUAAACCUUUGCAAGGAAUUA